CUAAGUCUGACUUUGUUGCUUGUACAAACUGCAGAUGCAACUUUGAGCUGGAUUCUGCCCAAAAUAUGGCAACGAGGUUCACUGAGAAAUUUGCAAUAGUCAAUCCUGAACUCCUGAGAACCAAUUCCAAAUCCAAUUAAGAUUUUUUACGUCACCACCAGAAUCUGUCCCCAACCCAUUAAUCUCCCUGUAGCAUUAUUUUGUUUCACUAGUAAAAAGAAGCAAAUUGAUGUGAAACGAAUUGCGAAGCUUUUCCGAACAAUUUCCCUGGAGACUAGGAGAAACAGAGAAUUGGAGAGCGUGAAAACCUAAAACACAAUGCAAUCAAAGAAUCUAACAUCUCUAGCACUGAUACUGAAGAUGCAUGAAAAUCAAGAUCAAAUUGAGUUCUUGAACCCAAAACUAAGACUUUGCACCUAGUUUGAGUUUUUCUAUCACGGAAGAUGGGAGAGAUCCGAAGAGGAACCCAAAUCGAAAAGAAUCUCACCAAGCAACGCAGAAAACGAAACCCAAAUCGCUGGUCGCUGGUGGGCCAAGGUGUGAGGCGGCACGGCUGGGUGAAAGAGGAGAAAAAGAGCAAGAGCAAAGAAGGGAGAAGACUCAAGAGAGCCAAAUGGCGCGAAUGCUAGACUUCAGAGGAUUCAUUUUCUUUUGUUGGAAAUAAGAAGUACAUAAUUUGAGUCGUAUAACAUGUAAGUAGAUUGAAAUAAAAGUUUAAAUCACAU